UUCACUUACACUGACCAGUAAACCCACAGUGGCUGUUUGACUCCGAGAUUAACAAAGUAAGUACCGCUGACAAUAAACAGCAAACACGUAAAUAAUGGUGGAAGAAGAGAAUUAUGUGACAGUGAUAUUUCAGACAAAAGGAAAUCCAACAUACGUGACGCCAGAAGACACAGAAACAAUCUACGACGAGGUGAACACUGAGGAGAGGAAAUUGGAUGCAUCCCUUGUAAUAACAGAGAAUAAAGAGUUCGCUCCAGCCUGUAGUCGGCUCGCGUUGGUUGUGACAGGUCUGGUGAUUAUUUGCCUCAUCUUGGUGUCAGUCGUCAUCGGCCUCAUCUUCCACUUUAACACACUGAUGAGUGAGCAGCAACGAGAAAUGGCCAACAUCACAGCGCAGAACCUGCAGCUGAUGACACAGAAAACAUCCUCAGAGCGACGGACAGCGGAGCUGACCAGACUGAGAGACCAACUCAACUGGACCAUCGGAGUCAUCAUGGAAUAUCAGGAAUUUUCAGUGGAAAAACACUGCCCACAGAAAGGUGAACAUGAAUUUAUCAGCAACCACACUAAGGACUAUCACGCUGAUGAUAAGCACGGCUACUGGAUCGGUUUGAGAGCAGAGAGCCCAAAGACGUGGACGUGGGUCGAUGGAAGUAAUCUCACCGUGACGUUCUGGAAAAUGCAACAAGAUGUCAACAAAAGAUAUUGUGCUUUAAGCCUACCAAAAGCGCCCCCUCUGGCCAACUGGGGCAAAGCGAGCUGUGACAUGAGAAACUGUUGGGUCUGUGAAAGACGAGCGACAACGGUUUGGCUGAAGAUCCAUGAUUACUGUGAAGGUUUGAUUAAUAUUUAUGAGGUGCAGUGA